AUGUCCGCCGAUUUCUGGGCUGGCUAUGUCUCUGGCGCAUUCGGCAUCGCAGUGGGCAAUCCUCUGGACAUACUGAAGACUAGAUUACAAGCUGGGACACAGAUAGUGUCUACAGUACCACCCAGCAAUUUGGUGACAGCGCCAGGCGAGGCCGCAGGUGUCAAGAGAGCCAGACCAUGGACUUCAGCCCUUCGAGGCGCAGCAGCCCCAAUCCUAGGCUACGGCGCCCUCAACGCUCUCUUGUUCAUGACCUACAACCGUAGUCUGGCUCUCCUCAAUACGGGCUCCCUCGCAGACUGGCCUAAGAGGCCGUCAGCCUGGAGUCUUUGGACAGCGGGUGCCUUAGGCGGCCUGGCUACUUUCUUUGUCUCUGCACCUACGGAAUUGAUAAAAUGUCGUGCUCAGAUUAGCCAGCCGUCUCAGUCAACUCUUGCUGUUACGCGAGAUAUGUGGCGGAGAGCCGGGGUACGAGGUCUGUAUCUCGGUGGUGGGAUCACAAGUCUGAGAGAUGCUGUUGGCUUCCUAAGCUAUGACCUGAGCAAACGUGCGAUAAGCAAUGAAGAUGACAGCCAUAAUCAGCAAGCCCUGAAAGUGCUCCUGUGCGGCGGCCUCGCUGGCGUAGUCACUUGGGCGAGCAUAUUUCCUUUAGGUGAUUGA